AACACUUUACUGGUUGGAUGAAUUGCACAGUUUGAAAUGAUUUUACUUUUGAGAGUUUUAAAUAUGUCAUAUCAUGCCCUCAUUAGUGGUUUUUCUUCUCUCUGGCCCAAAGAGGAGUGUCUUCCAAACGUUGUCCCCCCCGACCCCUCCCACGGACUGUCUCCUAGCCCUAAACUUUGCUGCUGGGAGGAGAAGUUGUUCUUGUAGCCGGCGGUGGUGUCAUAGUGAGACAGACGGUCCACCUGCUCCACACAUUAAGACCCCCGAGGCCGACACCGCUCACAUCCACUCAGGUGCAUCUGUCAGCAUGGAGGAUUUGUCCGAGCAGUCCCACUGGGCUUCUCCGGCUCUGCUCAUCUCCGAUCCUCUGGCCGGUUUCUCCUCUGAGCCCGGCCUCCUGCCUCCAGGAGAAGAGGGGGAAGUCUUCUUCUCCGGCCAGGACUCAGACUACAGCGGCCUGCCCUCCUUCUUCUCCACUCCGAGCCACAGCCGAGCGCCGCCCGCCUACAGACACAGCUCGGUUCGACCGGCGUUCACCUCACCCGGCCUCCUCAGCAACCUCCAGCUGCUGGACGGGCCGGGGGCCCUGAGCUCGGCCUACGGCCACCCGGCCUCCGCCUGGAGCAGCAGCCCCCUCGCCAAGACCCCGCUGCACUCGCACACCCCGACCUCCCUCUACACCCCCUGUGUCACCCCCUCCUUCAGCCCCUCCAGAGACGGAUACCUGUCUCCGAGCAGAGAGGGCAGGGAGAGCCCCCGGCUCCAGGAGGCCCUGAAGGCCGAGCGCCUCAGCCCGCUGGGGGGGUCGGGGGCCGGCAGCAGUUUCCUGAAUCUGACCCCUGCUACUGGGAGUGUGUACGCUCCGUCGUCACACUGCCACCCGCACCUGCUGAGCCCCUACAGCUCGUACAUGACAGGCCAACAAGACUACAACUCCGCUGCCCUCUACUCCAGCCCCGGAGCAUGGAUCAGCCCUUCAUUCUCCCCUAAGCUCCGCAGUAAGAUGAGGAUAUCCACUCCAGAGGCCAGAGAGUGUGUGAACUGUGGCGCCACGGCCACGCCUCUGUGGCGUCGGGACGGUACCGGCCACUACUUGUGCAACGCCUGUGGACUGUACCACAAGAUGAACGGCCAGAACAGACCGCUAAUCCGGCCCAAGAAGAGACUGAUUGUCAGCAAGCGGGCCGGCACGCUGUGUGCCAACUGUCACACGAGCACCACGACGCUGUGGAGGCGCAACGCCAACGGAGAGCCCGUGUGCAACGCCUGCGGACUCUACUUCAAACUGCACAACGUCAACCGGCCCCUCGCCAUGAAGAAGGACAGCAUUCAGACGCGCAACAGGAAAGUGUCCAACAAGAACAAGAAGAGCAAGAAGGCGGCCGCGUUCGAGGCCUACUCGGAUACGACUCAGCCGCCGUCCCUGGGCGACGACUGCGGGCCCUUCUCCCUCGGCCCCGGGUCGCUGCUCACCUACGGCCACGCGCCGCACCUCAUCCCGUCGCCAUCCCCGCUGCACCCCUCCGCCUCCUUCCAGUACACACACCACCUCAACGCGGGCAUGAUGCCCACGCUGGUGUGAAAGAGGCACCAGAAAGCGGUGUUUGUUUAGGGAUGGAGGGGCCCCGCUCGCACGCCAGUUAUUUGUGUGCAUUUGUACAUAUAUGCGUUUGUACAUUGGACCACUUGAGUAUAUUUUCACUGUUUUUUACAAGAUGUUAAGUAGGCUACGUCAGAUAAAGCCACUCCACUGAGGUGAACACACUGAUAAGGGAAUUGUUUCAGCUGUGAAUAAAAACACUCUUCUCUAUUAUAAUCACAAUGUGAGUGAAAUUGUACUUAGUAUAUAUAUAUAUCACCAGAUCGGAAAUCUACAGAGGAAAUAAUAAAAAAAAACGUCUGACAG